CUAUGCCGCUUAUCGACAACAUAUGGCGCAAUCACAUCCCGAGCAAAUCCCGAUGUGCCAAGACCAAUUUUACAAAUUUGCUAUGAAUCAAAGAUUUGGUGGCAAAGGAAUCAAAAAAUGUCCUUGUUAAACUCUAGUAGCAGCCCCAUCCCGAGCAUCUUAGCGAUUUGCCUUGGCGCCUCUAUCGGCGCAAUAUGCCGCUGGUUGCUUGGUUUAGUUUUUAACCCUGCGUUACCAAUCAUGCCACUGGGCACACUACUGGCAAACUGGUUAGGAGCAUAUUUGGUCGGUAUGGCUCUUGUUUUUUUUGCAAUGCAUCAUGACCUUGACCCCGCAUGGCGUUUGCUAAUUAUCACAGGAUUUUUAGGUGGGCUCACCACUUUUUCGAGCUUUUCAGGCGAAGUGGUCACCCAAUUACAGGAAAAUCGGUUUAUCCCUGCCUUAGUGACAAUCGCCUUGCAUGUUUUGGGUUCACUGGCCGCUAAUCCUAACCCUACGACCGAACUUAACUACCAGAGUGCCUUUGAGUUGCUCAUCGCAGUGAUUUUAUCAGCGCAAGCAACGGACAAAUCGGUCAAUAUCGCUACACAACGUCUAUACCGUGUUGCCAAUACGCCGCAAGGCUUCCUAGAACUUGGCGAGGAAACUUUGCGCGACUAUAUCGCCAGCAUUGGUCUAUACAAAACCAAAGCUGCCAACAUUAUUAAAACAUGCCACCGUUUAGUUAAUGAUUUUAAUAGCGAAGUCCCAAAAACCCGCCAAGAGCUAGAAAGUUUACCUGGGGUAGGGCGCAAAACAGCUAAUGUGAUUUUAAACACCUUGUUUGGCGAACCGCUCAUCGCGGUAGACACCCAUGUUUUUCGAGUGUCCAACCGU